AAAUCCCUACUACUUCUGACCAAUCUUUUCUUUUCCAGACUUUUCUACGCAAUGCUAUAGUAAUGAUUCCUGUCGCUCAAUUCCUUAUUCAACUUGCGGACGCCGCUUUUGCGAGUGCUGGACUAGCUACAAGCCUUAUUACAAUGUUUGCCAAGGUCCUAUUGGCGCUCGAUGUAACUGGAACCUUAAUUGCUACGUCAACAACUCUUUCUGCUCCCAGGGUAUCUGUCGUUGUCCUGACGGCCACAAAGUUGUAGACAAUAUGUGCACCCGUAACUCAAAUCUAGGCGAAUCUUGCAGCAAUUCCGACCAAUGCACAACCAGGUUCUCUUUCUGUGAUGGCAGGAGCUGCCAGUGUCAAUUACACUACCAUUCUGUCAACGGCGCUUGCGUAGGCUUCGACAAUGCUCUCUGCUAUGUCAAUUCAGACUGCUACAAAGGAAAAGGAACCGUUCCAAAUCCUUCAAGGGAGUGUCUUCACAAUGAGUGCCGUUGCCUACCCAACUACCGGCCUCAUGGGCACUCCUGCCUUCCGCUCACCAACGGUUCCUGUUAUACUCAUAAAGAUUGUUACGUCGAAGACUCGAUAUGCGUGGGCACCUGUCAGUGCUCUUCAGAACACUACGAGAAGAACUUCAAAUGCCACUCCUUUGCUACUAGGCUUCGCGAUGAUUGUUACUAUCACGAAGACUGCCAGAAUGUAAUAAUCUUGACCUGUGGUCACGGCGUUGGUUGUCCUGAUCAUUCACUCUACUCCCAAUGCGUCGAUUACGAGUGCUCUUGUCCUGACGGCUACUCCCGCCUUUAUGCUGGUCAAUAUUAUUGCUCCAGGCCAGGUAAUACUGAUGAUAACUCAUUAACGUACAGCUUCUAAUUGUCUUACUAUUUCAGCUCGUGCUUUCACUUGCCAGCCCCUGCUUUACGGUAGCGAUUGUCCACGACUCUUCACUUGCCAAAAUGGUCAAUGCCUUUGCCCGUCAGGCUACUGGAAAAGU